AUGCAAGCGGUGAUUGCCCUCUGCCAUUUCUGCGAAAAUCACGGACCAAGAGUGAUGAUGAUCACCCAACCGAUGCGUAGCGUUCCUUUAGCUUCAACUUCAAUGUUCUUACCAGGCAGUGGUUGUCAGGUAUCAGAGCACGACGGUGACCGGCCACUGUAUUACGGAGAUUGUACCCCAGAAAUUCUAGAAGAUCCUGAAGAAAGGUGUAAUGCUUGCACAUCAUUCGGUAAUAUUAACCAGCCGUGUUUAUUGUCUAACGAUCAUGAAAAUAAAACAAGCUACAUUAGCACACAAAUUCCAUUAAAAGAGAGGGUUUAUGAGCGUGUACGGAAUGCAUGUCUACGUUCUUUGAGUUGUGAGAUAUCCGCACCUCACAAGGGAAUGUCAUCACCAUUAAGACAAGUUCACCCCACACCUGCAAUACGGGUGAAUACGUUGCGUCGGGAUGGCACUGCAAACGAAGGCUUAGACGAAGGUGACGGCACCGAUGUUGAUGGUCCGGUUUUUUUCGGCGACUCUGAUAACGGAUAUUGUUUCUCGCUCACAUUUAGGUUACGAGAUUCUAAAGCACGUGGUUUUCUCCGGUUGUAUUCUUUCAUCGUGGUUAGCAACGAUAUGACAUACAUAGUUAACAAUUAUGAAUUUUUUCUCCAAGCAUUAACUGCUGUUAAAGAAAAAUUGCAGAGUAUGGCAGCAACAACUUUUGAAAAUGAAAUGGAUCAAGACGACACAAUGAGACCGCAAUACGCAAGUAUGGCCGGUCGUCUACCGACUGGUUGGUUCAGGCCCAAUGACAGAAAUGGAAGACGGGUAGCUAUAGAUACGAAGAGAAAUCUACAAACAAUUACUGGUGACGACGCUAUUUGGAAUCGACUGCACAGGCAAAUGAUGUGGACUUUGCGCACUGAGAUCCUCCGGUACUGUGACCAGGUUCUGGAAGGAGUUCCAACGCAGGACAUGUUGGUGAUGAUGGAGAUGGAUCCAGCCGACAUUAUGGAAUUGGACCUGGCUCAUCCGAAUCAACAUGAGGUGACGCUGCAGCAGCUGGCGAAUCUAAAAUUGGCGGCAAAGUUGCUGCAUAAUGAGAAUGAGGCCGACCUCGAUUUGGUGAUCAAACAAAUUAUCACUGGAGGCCAGCUUGUCGUGGAAAGCGCGGACCGAGCGUUGGCGAAACAGCUGAUUCUGGCGCUGUCCAACCUACUACCGAUAGGCUGUUUAAAGGUGCUAACCUAUAACGACACAUACGAAUCCAAGUGCAACCUUCUCGGUGCUCCUCUGGACGUCGACAUUCCCCUGGAUGCGAAUGUGCUUGUGCUUCGAAUUGAAGCUGAUGGUUCGCCGGUUAUGACAAACGGGUCACUAGAAUCGUGUAGAAUACAAGUGCGACGACGACCGAUUCCAAAUCCACGACAUCCACGAUUGUUGGAUCGAUAUAGGCAACUUUUAUUGGACAGUGAGGUCCACCAUACGGUGCUUGACGCAACGAUUCGUUCGACGCGUGAACAUUGGGUGUCGAAGGCGAAGCUAAUCUAUCAAAUGUCUCGUCAAAAGGAGAUCACACCAUCGUUGAACAUCACGAACGUGUUCAACGUUGUGCGUGGUUGCUCCGAGCAGGAUCGCGAUGUGCUGACAUUCUGGCAACAAGGACUAUCGAAAGUUUACAAGGAAUCAGUGAUCGCAACAAUCCAUCAACUUCCACACUAG